AUGACGCAGUCACGAUCAGCCCUCUUAAUUGGGGGGAUAACUCAUGCUCGUAAGGAGUGGGAGGCUCUUUCGUCAUUGCUGCAACUGAAGGAGUAUGGAUCCGGCUCAAGAGAAGACUUCAUCUCGCGGUGCAGGAAGGGCGAAUACGACGAUGUGGUUGCAAUUUAUCGAUCGAAUGACUCCACGGCCGUGACUGGGCCUUUCGACAAGGAGUUGAUUAGCGUUCUACCCAGCAAAUUGGAAUGGAUCUGCCACAAUGGAGCUGGUUACGACAACAUCGAUGUGCCAGCUGCUACCGAAAGGAAUAUUCAGAUUAGCAGUACACCCAUAGCAGUGGAUGAGGCGACAGCUGACACCGCCCUCUUCCUCCUCCUCGGUGCCCUCCGAAGAAUCACAAUCCCCUUCCUCAACGUCCGCAAAGGCGACUGGCGGGGCAAAAACUUUGGUCUCGGCCACGACCCAAAGAACAAAGUUCUCGGAAUUCUAGGAAUGGGCGGUAUUGGCACAGCAGUGGCAAGAAGAGCUAAGGCCUUCGGCAUGACGAUACAAUACCAUAAUCGAAACCGAUUACCCGAAGAGAAAGAGCAUGGUGCGAAGUACGUCUCGUUCGAAGAACUCUUGAAGACUUCGGACGUGUUGAGUUUAAACUUGGCAUUGAAUCCUUCAACAAGGCAUAUCAUCGCGAAGCCGCAGUUCGAUAUCAUGAAAGAGGGUAUUGUGAUUGUGAACACUGCACGAGGACCGAUUAUUGAUGAGGCGGCUCUUGUGGAUGCGCUGAAUAGCGGGAAGGUCUUCUCUGCGGGGUUGGAUGUGUUUGAAGAGGAGCCAAAGAUUCAUCCUGGAUUGUUGGAGAAUGAGAAUGUGGUUUUGUUGCCGCAUGUGGGGACUGCGACGUGGGAGACGCAGAAGGAGAUGGAGGUUUUGGUGCUGGAUAAUCUGAGGAGUGCGGUGGAAGGGAAGGGCUUGUUAACGCAGGUGCCGGAGCAGAAGAAGAAGUGA